CUCGUCAUUCUACUUCUUCCUACCUGUAAGCUUUCCAUCGUUACUACUCCCUACUCAAGAAGCGAGCAGUGCCCACUGCCCAUACCACAGACCUCUAAAACCAAUCGUCUCAUCGUUCCAUACCCAUCGCUUCAUAAAGUAUCCCACUCAAGGACCUCUGAGCGUCAAUUUCGACCUCAUCAACAAGAUGUCGAACGCCGCAGAACAGAUCUUCUUCUACGGGCAGGUCACCAAUCCCGAGCACGCCUCCGGCCUCGACGUGCUGACAUACCUCGACCUGACCAACGGGGGCACCUUACUCUUCCAAGCCAUAAUUCUUAUCACGUUUAUCGUGAUUCUCCUGCCGGACUUGGCUCCCUUGACCCUGACCGGGGCCCAACGAUUCAUCAUUUCGCCCAUCUGCUGCUUGCUACAGAGCAUCCACUGGGUGCUCCAGCAGCUUUCCACUCAGGAGUCUCGCCAGAGCUUCUAUCGUCUGUGUUCCGCGAACGCCCGGGAUGCAAUCCUCAAAUCUAGCCUGAUUCAACUUACCUUGGUUGGAGUCCUUUGGUUCUUUCCGUCCAACCGCCCGCUGAGUGGCGUAUGUCGCCUCUGGGCUCUGGCGAUCUUGUCCAAGUGGAUGUACAUUUCUGCUCUGAUACCAGGCCACCAUUACUGGGCUGGCAUGACCGCGGGCUUCAGUCCCAUCGGGCGGGGCCGGUACGAAGACUGUCUUGCCGCCACCGCGCGCUGUGGGUUACCGGAUCGCUGGGGCAGAGAGCAGUGGCUGGCAAGCUACCGCUGUUCUGGCGUGGAGACGGGCCUGGAGCUGUACGAAACGCUCAAAGACCGCGCGCAGUGGCUGGUGCCGCCUGUGGACAGCGACGUCCGUCACCUCCGCCUUCUGGCUUUCAUGACUGUCUUGAUCCCAACCCUUGUUAUAGGGCUGUGGCUCUUUUACACCCUGUGCAACAAAGUGGCCGCUCUACGCCGGGGGAUGGUGCCGGCAGUGGUGGGCGGCGAGCCCCAACCCACUGAAUGCGAGACGUAUCUUUGGAAUCUGUCCAAAUCUCUCGAGAGUGCGAAUGAUCAACUGCAGCGGUGCAUGGAUACGAAGGACGCUGAGUUCCAGGCGGAGAAGCAGCGGCUGGAAGAGACGGUUCGUCGCCAGACCGACCUCGCCUCCCGCAGGGUCGAGAGCGCGCUCCGCCAGGCGAAAAAUGCACACGCGGGAAUCAUCGACGAGUUGAGGAAGAAGGUCGUCCAGCUGGAGAAUAACCUCACCAUGGCCAGAGCGGAGGCCCAGUUCGUGGUCGUGGAUGAAGUGGACGCGGCACGAGAGCAAUUCCUGAAAGACCGUAUCGUGCAGCUGGAAAAGCAGCUGGCUGGCGUGAAGAAGAAGGUCAACGCUAGAAGUAAGAAGGAGCUUCAGACGGUCAGGGAUGAGCCCCAGACUCGCACCGACGCAUUGACGACCCUCACCGACAAGCUCGCUGAGGCUGAGACUCUCGUGUCCGCUGCGGAGGAGCGUGGCCGUUGUGUAGAGAUUGAAUGUGAGAAGCUGUUGACCCAGGGACUUUCGUCGUUGAAGAGUGAGCUUCAGACCCGUACCGAUGAGCUUGCAGCUGCGGAAGAGCGGCUGGCUACCGUGGAGAGGAAGAGUCAGCAGGGCGAAAUGGAACAUGAUCAGUUGAAGAAUGAACUUCAAGCCCGCACCGAUGAACUUGCGAAUGCAGAGAAGCAACUAGCCAAAGCUAAAGAGCAUAGCCAACAGGGUAAAGCCCAGCGCGAACAGACGCAUAUCCAUACACAGGAAUUCCAGUCUCUAAAGAGCGAAUUUCAGACCCGCACCGAUGAGCUUGCAAAUGCAAAGAAGCGACUGGCCGCUGCUCAAAAGCAUUUUCGACAGGCCAAGCCCGAGCGUGAACAGAACCUUGCCCAGAGCCAGGAAAUCCAGUCACUGAAGAUUGAGCUUCAGAUCCGGACGGAUAAGCUCGCAGCCGCAGAAAAACGACUGGCCGCGGCUCGAAAGCAUAGCCAACAGAAUGAAGCCGAGCGCGUUGCCCAAAAUCAGAAGCUUAAGUCACUGAAGGAUGAACUUCAGAGCCGAACCGACGAACUUGACAUCUGGACUGAAAGGUGUCUUUCCGUUGAAUCACGUCUGCUUGCCGCAGACGGAGACAGCCAGCAAGCUGCGAUUAUAGGCCAGCAGCAUCUCAACCAGGAGCAGGAACAGGAACUGCAGUCACUCAAGAAUGCACUCCAGACACGCACCGAUGAACUACAGGCCUGUGCUGACAAGCUUGUUGACGUUGAGAAGCACCUGGCCACUGCAGAGGAGCACGGUCGUGAGAGUGAAACCCAACGUCAGGAGCUUCUUACGGAGAAGCUGGAGCUUUUAGCUCAGAACCAGCAGAUCAUCGCAGAGUAUGAGGCUUUCCGGGUCUCACACGAAGCCAACCCGCAUCAGAGCCAGUUGCUGGAAACCAUGCAGCAGGAGCUUGCCGCCGCCAUUGCGAGAAACAAUGCGCUUCAAGAGGAGAAUAACGCGAUUGAAAUCGAAGGACAAAUCAUGGUGGCCAAGUUAGAGUUCGACCUCGACGAAGCUCAUAGACAGUUGGCAGAAGCGCAAUUCAGCCAAGUCAACGCGCAACAGAGCAUGCAGGAAGGCGAUGUGGCCGGCAACAUGUCUUUGGCGGAAGCGCGCGCCCAGGCUGAGCAGGCGCGAACCCAGGCGUUCAUGAAGGAGAAGGAGCUCGCCGAGGUCACCGAGGAGAACCGAACCCUCCAGAUUCAGGUCGGAUUGGCGAUGAGGGACGCCCAGCGUGGCCAGGAACGGGCCGACACCGCGGAACGAGUCAACAAGGUUCUCGAGGUCCGCUUGGCCCAAUGGGAGGAGAAAGCCCGCGACGAGCAGACGAUUCUCAAGCGACCGACCGCGAACGUGGGAUCUGUCGCGACGGCCCUCCAGCAGUGCCAGGUCAAGGUUUCCGAGCAACAGACAACGAUCAACGAGUUCAAGGAGAAGCUCGAGAAGGCGAAGGUGGCCAGUCCCGCGGGGAAGGUCGAGGAGAAGCUCCGUGCCGACUUCUCGAUGAUCAAAUCGAUGUACGACCGGGAGAGGAGAGCACGCACGGAGGAUCAGAUCCGCUGGUCCAAGGAGAACCGCGAGCUGGAAGAGGAACUCCGCAAGCUGCGCAUUGGCAUCUCGAAUGCGACGACCCAGCGUCCCAGACGCAGGAUAGCCGGACUUGCCUCCGACCCAUGUGACGUUGAUUGA